AUGCCACCAAAGAAGCAAACUGAAGAAAAAAAAGUCCUACUAGGUCGUCCAGGUAACAACUUGAAAGCUGGUAUUGUUGGUCUAGCCAACGUUGGUAAAUCCACUUCCUUUCAAGCCAUUACUAGAUCUCCAUUAGGUAACCCAGCCAAUUAUCCAUUUGCUACCAUUGAUCCAGAAGAAGCUCGUGUCAUUGUCCCAUCUCCAAGAUUCGAUGAAUUAUGUGCUAUUUAUAACAAGACUGCUUCUAAAGUCCCAGCUCAUUUGACCGUUUAUGAUAUUGCUGGUUUGUCUAAAGGUGCUUCUGCUGGUGAAGGGUUAGGUAACGCUUUCUUGUCUCAUAUUAGAGCUGUCGAUUCCAUUUAUCAAGUUGUGCGUUGUUUUGAUGAUGCUGAAAUUAUUCAUAUUGAAGGUGAUGUUGAUCCUGUUCGUGAUUUGGAAAUUAUUAGUACUGAAUUAGGGUUAAAAGAUGUGGAAUUUUGUGAGAAGGCUCUUGAAGCUGCUGAAAAGAUCGCUAAGAGAGGUGGUCAAUCUUUAGAAGUUAAACAAAAGAAAGAGGAAGCUGAAUUGAUUAAACGUAUUAUUGAAUUGAUACAAAGUGGUCAAAGAGUUGCCAAUCAAACUUGGACUCCAAAGGAAGUGGAAAUUAUUAAUACUAUGAUGUUGUUGACUGCUAAACCAUGUAUUUAUUUGAUUAAUUUGUCUGAAAAGGAUUAUAUAAGAAAGAAGAAUAAGCAUUUGCUAAGAAUUAAAGAAUGGGUGGAUAAACAUUCUCCAGGUGAUUUAAUCAUCCCAUUCAGUGUUCCAUUGGAAGAAAAAUUAUCUCAUAUGAGUGAAGAAGAAGCUGCUGAAGAAUUGAAAAAAUUGGGUACCGUUUCAGCUUUACCAAAGAUUAUUACUACCAUGAGACAAAAAUUAGAUUUAAUUUCCUUUUUCACUUGUGGUCCAGAUGAAGUUCGUGAAUGGACUAUUAGAAGAGGUACUAAAGCCCCUCAAGCUGCCGGUGUUAUUCAUAAUGAUUUAAUGAAUACUUUCAUCUUAGCUCAAGUUACCAAAUAUGAAGAUGCUAUUGAAUAUAAAGAUGAAGCUGCCGUUAAAGCUGCUGGUAAAUUACAACAAAAGGGUAAAGAUUAUGUAGUUGAAGACGGUGAUAUCAUCUAUUUCUAG